AUGCAGUUUGAAUGUAUCUUUUAUAGACUAACAGAAAAACGCUGACAAACAUGGAUUUCCAGACAACUUGCAAAUACAUCUGCCAGUUUUUCUUCAGUGUGCAGGUUGUUUGGGGUUUAGAUGAAGUGAGACUCUUGAAUCCUCCGGAGGAAGCCCUGCCAGACCAUCUACUGGAAAUAUUUUACUCCUGUGAUGAACGUGCUACAGUGCAGCUGGACUGUAUUGUAUCUUUUGAAACUGGAAAAAUGUCAACAUUCCUGCUAAGACAGUGGAGUUGUGUCCCCGGUGACCCUGGAAUAAGGACCGUAAAGCUGAACCUGCCAGAUUGGUUGGUUUACCAACCCGAUGGGAUUGUCCCAGACUCUCACUGGGUGCUGAGUUGCAUCCUUCGAGCCUCGGUCAAAUACAGUGAUGAUGCAAAGAGGCUCGUUGCAGCUCAGGAUGUAGAAUCUCUGCAGCCCAAGUCCGUCUUCAGUCGACCUUUCAAACAGCAUCAGCUCUGUCCUUCCUGGAGCAAACAGAUGCUACAGCUGACUCAAAAGUUUUCCCAGAGACGUUGCCCUUUUGAGCAAGAAACGGUACAUUUGCUUUCCACAAUUUAUGCCUCAACUGGAGAAAGUUUUGGUAUCACAAAGACACUGGAGCCCUACAGGAAUGAGCUUCUGGAGGAGUUACGCCUGAGGAGCACUUCUUUCCCAUGGUGCAUGCUUUCCAUCUGGAUAUUUCUGACCAGACGUUGCCAGGAAAGAAUGUGUGGUGUAUUUUAUCACAUAGAUUCUCAUAAUAAUUAUGUCACACCAACUGUUUUACUAACAAAUUCAGGCCAGCUACACAUCCAGAUAAAUGGAGAGUCUCCGAAGUCUUCAGCAUUUCUUUCUUCAUUCACGGUGCCUGUAAACAAGUGGUGCCAACUCAGUCUGGAGUUGCAAGGCAGAACGGUGACUGUUUCCAUGGGGUGCUUGGAAAAAGAUAAAAGAACAGUUAAAUUUACAGAAUAUAUGUUGAGGCAUACAGCAGCGUUUGAUGACACAGAGGGAUAUUUUGUGAUUGGUGGAGGAAAAUAUGUCAAAGGUGUGGAGGGUUUCUUUGGGCCGGUGGUGUACUAUCGCAACAAAAUACCUCCCUACAGCACGUCUGAUGUGGUUCUUCCAGAUUUUAUGAAGAGCUUGAACCUGACCGGAUGGAUACACACCUGUGACGAAUUUCGUCUCGAUACGGUCGACAAGAUCAAUGGCUUUUCACUUCAAGUCAAACAGGAUUCUGAGUCUGAGGUUUGCUUUGAUGCUGUCCAUAAGUGGGUGGUAAAAGAGAAGCUGCCACCCAUUUCAGAGUGUGAGCUGUGGGAGGAAAUUGUCCCUCACAGAAGAAAAGCUGCUGAACUGGCAAAGUUAUUGGUUUUCAAAUAUGGAGGAAAACCAGUAAGCUUGUCGGCUUUGGGCAGAGCUCUGUACUCCUUAUCACUUCAUAAGCUGUCCAGAGCCAGCAGCGCUGCAGUGGUCAGCAGAAUAUUACCGCUGCUGCUCCAAGCUGGCUGCCUAGCUGAUAACCACGCUCUGCACGUGUCGUCCGUGCUCUACAGCACUGGACUGGGAGUCCAGAAACAGACCACAAAGGCUUGGCUCCUUGCCCUGCUGGCUGCCCAGAAGGAUAAUCGAUUGGCACUUCUGCAUCUUGGGAACUUGCACCUGCAGGGACUACACGGUCUCCCAUCAGACCCAGAUCUAGCCUAUGCCUACUAUGCAAACAUUGCAAAACAGACACUUUUAGACCGUGAUAAUCCUACAGGGCAGCAGGCAUUUGUUGAAGCUGUUUACUUGAACAAUGAGGAGAUGUUGAAUCUCCAGACCAGCAAAGACCAUCACAUCUUUCAGUGGCUGAAACUACAGGCACACAGAGGAGCAGCUGAGGCCGAGCAAGCUAUUGCCCGGAUGCUGUUCUGGGGUCAGCAAGGAGUGUCUCCCAACAUCCAGGAGGCUGUGAGGCACUACAGAAGAGGAGCAGUCCUGUUGGAGGACCCAGCGUCCAUGUAUGACUAUGGAAUCGUACUCCUACAGGGUCACGGAGUUGAGAAGGACGUCCCAAAAGCGGUCACAUUCCUGAAGAAAGCCAUGGAACAGGGCUUUGUUCCUGCUUUCAGCGCCCUGGCCUGGUACUAUGAGCAGUUCAAGCAGGACUACGAGCAGGCGGUACAGCUGUGGGAAAAAGCUGAUCUCCUCGAGUCUGCAGAUGCUGCUUUCAAUCUCGGGGUCAUGUACUCACAGGGUCUGUAUCCAGGAAAACCUGCCAACCAGUACAUGGCCUAUAAAUACUAUCUGAAGUCUGCAAAUAGAGGUCACAUCAAGGGAGCAAUUCACCUCGCUGAAACCUGGACCACAGGAUUACCUGGCUACGUCAAGCGACACCCAUCAGACGCCGUUUUGUGGGUUAAGUGGGCAGCUGAGCAGAAUGGGUACUUGGGCAGUAUCUUACAGACAGCACUGGAUUCCUACCUCAAAAGCAACAUGUUUUAUUCACUGUUGUUUUACAUGGUGGCAGCUGAAGCGGGGUACGCACCUGCACAAUUUAAUGUGGCAUACAUUUGUGAACAAAAUAUGGAAAGGUUUCUGAACACCUCUUAUGCAGCCCACUGUAUGUGGCGUUAUUACAACCUCACAAUCCGAAGUGAAAAUCCUGAAAAGCAUGCCCUUAUUAGGAUGGGUGACCUCUUUUAUGCGAGAGAAGUUGGUGGGCACAAAGACUUUUUUUCUGCAGCACAGAUGUACACGCUGGCAGCACUAAGGAACAAUCCACAGGGAUGGUACAACCUCGGCCUUCUCGCUGAGGAGGGUUACAGACUGCCGCUUUCUAUACUUAUUGAACUUGGCCUAUCGGAGUUAUACAUGGCGGACAACAUUGUGCUUAUUGAUGCUUUGUACAGAAGAUGCAGAGACUCAGACAACACAGAUUCAUACUUGCCUUGCAGCCUUGCACUCUUCAGUGUAUUUCUGCAAUCCUUCCAAAAAGAGUAUCAUACUGCCAUCAAGCUCUCCAUCACUGUUGCCAUGGUCACAGCUCCAACAAUGCUUUUAGUUGUCCUUGGUGUGCUCAGGAGACGCAUCUUGUCUAUUAACUAGAAUAGAGAUUCUUUAUGUGGACUUCUGUCACUGAAGUCAGAGACUAUGUACUAUUACAAUCAAUACCAGUUACAAAACUGUCCGUCUUAAAUAAAUAAAUACAUAA